AUGGAGUAUUCAAAGGAAGAACUUCCUUACCAAGCUGAUGAAGACCAAUGGAGUCAAGGAGAAGAGAGAGAUUUUUAUCCAAGCUCUGAUAUUGAGGAAGAGACAAACGUUGAAGGAUUCGAUUCUGAAUUUGAAGAUGAACCAGAGCCACCAGACCUUUCAAGAGACAUCACAAGCUACCAAGAAUGGUACAUAGAAGAAACAGACCAAGAGAGUGAGGAUGGAGACUCACGAAUUGGGAAAGAUAAUUCUCAAAGCGAUCAUGAGGAUGAGCAACACAAAAACAACUCAAGGAUUAGAGAAGCCGAAUCUCAAUUUAGCCAUGAAGAAGAAGGUUAUGGAUGUGAACAACACUAUGAAGAUUUCACUCACAAAGGAGAGUUCACUCAUGAGGAUGAGUCCGAAUCAAGCUUUGGAGCUGAAUCAGAUUGUGAAGGACAAGAUCCUGAGCCAGCACGUGAUGAUAUGGGAUUUGAAGCACCAUACUGGAAUUCAUAUGGUUACCCUAGCAAAGAGGCACAUUAUCCCAAUGGAGUCGUACCAGGCCGAGUGCACACAAAUUCAUCCAUUACCAAGCCAUGGAACCAUGCCUACUAUCAUAAUCAGAUUAUCACUUGGGGUGAUCUCAAGCAGCGUAUGUACAAGGAGUUUGUACAAAGGAUUCACAACAAAAGCUACAUUCCCAAGAGACUUAUGUUCCAAACCACUUCAAAGAGUGGGAUGUCUACACCAAACUCGCAGCCUGUUCGUAAUCAGAAGCUACCCUAUGGUUCUGAGCCCAAGAAGGUGAUCUCAAGCACCUUGUCAAAUCAAACAGGAGCUAAGCAAGCAGUUCGGGGUGUUCCAUCAGAGAAGAAGACCUUCUCAGACCAGAAUCAAAACAAAGAGGAGCGUACACUAUCGCUCAUUAAAAACGCUGUCCAAGAAGCUAAGAGUGUCAGUAAAAAAAUUCAGAUCAAAGAGAAGCCACCGGAUGCUCAAUCAAUUCACCAAAUUCGAGGUGAUCAAGUUUUGAGGUCAAAACUUCUUGAAGAUGGAGGAUAUGAUGAGGACAUCCAAACUAUACCAAAUUGGAAGCAAACAAAACUAGCUGGUUUGAGCAUUAAACCAACCGUACUAGACCAUAUUGCAAGUUUUGGAGAGUUUCAGCUUAUCAACAUGUGGUCCAGCCCAAUAUGGAGUUCACACAGUCAUUUGAUCAAUCAAGAAGUCUCAGCUCAUGGAGAAACACCUAGGAGAAGACGCAGAUCGAAACCGUCUUUUAAAUCCAUUAUGCGGAUCUGUUUGGAGGUAAAUAAAGAAAGCUAUCAAGAUACGUUUCCAUACUUCUUAUGGGAAUCAGGAGACACUCUAGAUCAGAUAGAAGCUUUACCACACGAGCCUUGGUGCACCUUACCACACAAGAACCUGCUUAAUCAUUACUUGCCAUUUUUGGAACCAAAUGAGAUCAAUCAGCAACGACUCUUUCUUGGAUAUUGCUGCUGCGUUUUGAAGUCAUAUUCAGUGCAUCUAGAUGUCCCAAGAUCGCAUCACUUUCAGCCCAAGCUUUCAAGACUCAAGCAUCCACAACUUGCCUUAUAUGGACCGAUUUUCUCUUUAAUAUUCCAACGGCUCUCUUAUUUAUUUUCGUGCGAUUUAUUUAUGUUUUUGUAG